UCUCUAGCUCCACCCAGACGUGCCUUCUCGUUACGUAACAACGUAGGCUCCCGGAUAGCUCAUUGCAGGUCUCGCCGUGGCACCACUGCGUCAGAGUCGGACUCCGAGUCAAACUAUCUCCCAGUUUUCAGGUUUGCCAGAAUGGGUGCGCUGUCUAAGGAGUACGGGUACGUUGUGCUCACUGGUGUUGCCAGCGUGGUCAUGAUCGGACAUCUGGCCGUCAAGGUGGGAAAAGCUCGGAAGAAGUAUAACGUGAAGUACCCCAAGAUGUACAGUGACGAUCCAGAACAUGGACACAUCUUCAACUGCAUCCAGCGUGCACACCAGAACACGCUGGAGAUUUACCCCGCCUUUCUCUUCUGCCUGGUCUUUGGUGGUUUGCAUUCCCCUCGUCUAGCAAGUGGGCUUGGAGCUGUGUGGAUUGUUAGCAGAGAGGUGUUUGCACAUGGAUACUCCACAGGAGAUCCCAGCAAAAGGAUGAGGGGUGCGUUUGGCAAUGUGGCUUUUUUGGGAAUGAUGCUGACCACUUUGAACUUUGGUCGCCAUCUGCUGGGCUGGACAGGACCACCACGCCUGGGGCCAUUCCGUGGUCACUAAUGUGGAUGAAGAGAUCAAAAUAAGAAUCUUUUUUUUUUUUUUUAUGAUGGGAACUGCAUGUAGUGUAUGGCUGUAGCGUAUCUUCUCAAAUCUGACCUGCUUAACAGGUUAAGGUAAUGCUGGAUAGGAAUCUGACUGGCUUUUAGACAGCCACUCCCAUUUCCCAUUUUAUUGUAAUAGCCGUACCCUCAUGAUGGAGUUCGAAUCAUUUGAUUAUGUAGAUUUUAAAGUGCAAACUCACUUUAAACACGAUUAAGUCAAAUGUUGGUCUCAACAUUACCUCCAUCUGUUUGCAUUUGUUAAGCCUACAGAGUACAUAUACACUUUCUCACUGUAAUGAUUGCCCUGAAGUGAGAAGUCAAUUCUGCCUUUUGUAAAUUAAAACAAACUCCAUACUUUUAA